AUGAAAUCGUUUUGAGUGUUCAGUGCGAUCACACACCAUUCAAAUGGUAUACAAGGCAACCUUUAAAAAUUGACUGCGUUUAAUUUUAGUACUAGUAGCUUUAAUAAAGCUACCAAAUAUUCUUGUUUGUUAUUACUUUUGUGUAAAUUAUUAACUUUUUAGUACAGAAGCAGAAUCAGUAUUUGUAAGAAACAUAAUGGCGACAAGCGUGGAGGGUGUUAAUCCUAUAUUUAUGGUCUCAGCCUUCAAUUUGUUUUUUUAUUUGCUCACUCCAGCUAUAGUAUUAUGGUAUAUAUAUUUCCGUAUGUCUCGUAAACAGCUAUACCAGCUAGCAAGUAGGAUUCAAGGUCCUGAAGGAUUACCCUUCAUUGGUAGUGCCAUAGAAUUUCUGAGAGAUCCUCACAAUAUUUUCAAUAAAAUAUAUGGAAUGAGUUUUGAAUUUAAUCCAAAAGAACCAGUAAAAAUGUGGAUUGGACCGAGAUUGAUUGUUUUUUUGACAGAACCAGAAGACGUAGAAGUAAUUCUCAGUAGUAAUGUUUAUAUUGACAAGUCUCCAGAAUACAGACUUUUUGAGCCAUGGUUAGGAAAUGGACUUUUGAUCAGUACUGGUGACAAAUGGAGAGCACACAGAAAAUUAAUUGCACCAACUUUCCAUUUAAAUGUAUUAAAAUCGUUUAUAACAUUGUUUAAUGUUAAUAGUCGCGAUACAGUUAACAAAUUGAAGAAAUUGGGAAAAAGAGAAUUCGAUGUUCAUGAUUAUAUGAGUGAAUGCACAGUAGAAAUUCUUUUGGAAACUGCCAUGGGAGUGAACAAAAAAACUCAGAAACAUAGCGGUUUUGAAUAUGCUUCCGCAGUUAUGAAAAUGUGUGAUAUUUUGCAUUUACGUCACACACGUUUAUGGAUGAAACCAGAUUUCCUUUUUAAUUUUACCAAAUACGCUAAAGAACAAGUUGGUUUACUUGACAUUAUUCACAGUUUGACCAAUAAUGUAUUAGCCAAAAAGAAAGAAGAUUAUUUAAAGAGAAAGAAUUUAGAAAAAGCCGGUAUCCCAGAAUUGUCAUCGGCUGUCGAAGAAUCAGAAAACGUUAGUACCUCUACAGUAGAAGAAGUGCCAUAUGGAAACUCAUUUGGCCAAUCUGCUGGGCUCAAGGAUGAUUUGGAUGUAGAAGAUGAUGGCAUUGGAGAGAAGAAAAGAGUCGCUUUUCUAGAUCUUUUGAUUGAAUGUGCUGAAAACGGAGUAGUUCUCUCUGACGAAGAAGUCCGUGAACAAGUAGACACUAUUAUGUUUGAAGGACAUGACACAACAGCAGCUGGAAGCAGUUUCUUCUUAUGCCUUAUGGGUGAACAUAAAGAUGUUCAGGAAAAAGUUGUUGAAGAACUAUACUCAAUUUUUGGUGACUCCGACAGACCAGUCACUUUUCAAGAUACUUUACAAAUGAAAUAUUUAGAAAGAUGUAUCAUGGAAACUCUUCGUAUGUACCCUCCUGUACCAAUCAUCUCACGUCAAUUGAAAGAAAAUGUUAAACUAGGAUCAAAAGAUAUAACACUACCAGCUGGAGCAUCUAUUGUUAUUGGAACUUUUAAAGCUCACCGUAAUCCAGAGAUUUUCCCUAAUCCAGAUAUAUUUAACCCUGACAACUUUUUACCAGAAAAAUCUGCCAGCCGUCAUUACUACGCCUAUGUACCAUUCAGUGCAGGACCCAGAAGUUGUGUCGGUCGCAAAUAUGCUAUGUUGAAAUUGAAAAUCAUUCUGUCCACCAUUCUAAGAAACUUUAAAGUUCAUAGUACCAUACCACAAGAUAAAUGGAAGCUCCAAGCUGAUAUUAUUUUAAAGAGAGCAGAUGGAUUCAAAAUUACCUUGGAACCAAGAAAGUCAUUAGCUAAAACAGCAUAAAAUUCUCUUGCUUUUUUUUAAUACUGCAUGUAUUUUAUUAAAAUAUUUAUAUUUAGAUUUUAACCGAAAAAAAGUUGUAAGGAAUCAUUCUAUAGACAAAGUAGUAAUUGUUAUGUAGCAUUUAUUAUCAUUUAAAAGAUAUAUUUUUAUUUGUUUUAAUCUUAAUUUAAAACAUUAUAUAAUGUAGUGAAAGUACAAUUAUAAAUAAAUAACAUACUUAUAA